AUGGCUAGAGGGAGACCCAAAUCAGACGUGGCCCCAUGUCGCUUCUGCAAAAAAGAAUUCAAGCGGUCAGAGCACCUGAAGAGACAUGAACGCAUUCGUGCGUAUCCACUACCCCUGGCGUUACUUUUUCUUCACCCUAAAUCAAUCACAGAUACUCAAGAGAAGCCAUUCGUUUGUCAAUGUGGCCGUUCGUUUUCAAGGCAGGACCUUCUGAGUCGCCACGCACGACUGUGUCACCCUCCCGCCCGGGUUGAAGAACCAACUGCGGCGAAUGACGCCGCGAUUCAAACCACAUUGCAUAAAAACGGCCCCGAUGUUCAAAUCCAGGAUCUAGAGAACUUGAUACCUGCACCACAAACAGAUAUUGGGGAUAGUCCGGCCUAUAAUAAAGUAGUAGUGCAGACUCAGAAUGAAAAUGCACUCUCAUCUGAAACCCACGCCCCUGCCGAUACUUUUGAUAUUGGUGGUUCCCACGACCAGACAUGCCUUGGUUUUGGACUACCAAGUGAGCUCGAUCCCUGGAAUACUGAAGUCUUCUUGUUCAACGAUGUCGUCCCGUCUCAUUUCCUGAACACCGAUAUCUCGCUUUGCAACCUCUUCCAACAGUUUCCCUCGCAAGACCAGCCGGCGAUGCAGGCAGACUUCAUACCCGCAAUAGGUUCGGUAGGGUGCACACUGCCCCCAGAGGUGCAGCCUAUGAUGCCGGUAGAGCAACCAGCCUCCGAGGACCCACCACUUCCACCACGAUUUCCUUCAACCGAUGACCAGCUGCACAAUACCAACCUUGACGCAGAAUCGGACACCGUGGCAUGCCCCUGGAGUGUUUCAGCUGCAGCCUACAAGCACAUUUCGGAAAAUGCGACACGAAACAAGUCAAUUCUAACGGACUUCAAACUCCCUUCCAGAUUCACCCUCAUUCGUUACCUCGAAGGAUACUUCGAUGGGUUCCAUGACCACCUACCUAUAAUCCAUACGGCAACAUUCGAUCCUCAAAACAUCGAGCUUGAGCUAUUCUUGGCGCUAACCGCUUGCGGCGCAUUCUAUCGAUUCGAACACGAGAAGGGUUACCAGCUAUAUGAUGCAGCCCGAUGCCUGGUGGACCGUAGCUUUCACAACCGCCGGCGCCUGACCAUGGGAGGUAUGACAGUUGGCUCCCCGGCAUCGGGAAGGAACGUGUAUUCUCCGUCGAAGGCUUCCCAUGCGUCCCAGUCAGCUGAUUUCAGCGACCACCACACGCAAGACUCACAUACAAGUCUCCAAAGAGCACAAACACUCAUCAUUCUCAUAGCCAUGAGCGCUUGGGGAGAGCAGGCGCUCAUACAAGAUAGUCUGGCGAUGGGAAGUCAGCUUGCAUUGCUUGUGCGGGAAAUUGGAAUUGGCCAACCGGAUGAUACGACCGAUAUGAACCUGUCAUGGAGAUCCUGGGUUAUGCACCAGCAGCGGAGACGUACCUCGCUCGGCGCCUACAUCAUAUUUAAUCUUCACAGCAUCGCAUUCAAUGUCCCACCACUGAUUCUUAGUCAAGAGGUGGCACUCUGCCUGCCAUCCUGCGAGGCUGAAUGGAAGGUAAAAUCCCAGGCAGGCUGGGAGCGGUACCGCCGAGUUUCAUCUUUUCGUGAGCAUGCUUUCACCAUAACACUGGAUCGUCUACUGCAGGGCCGCAGUGUAUCUGACCACUUCGGUAUCUCGGCUUUCGGAAACUAUGUACUCAUACACGGGCUUGUCCAGAAAGUCAAUCUCGAGCGCCAAACCGCAAGUUGCCUUGCCCAAGAUGGUUCCUUAAUAAGCCCGCAACUAUUAAAGCAAAUGGAGACGGCCUUGAGGUCAUGGCAAUCAUCUUGGGAGGCAGCGUACGAAUCAACACUUGAUCCUUGCUCACCGAAGGGCCCACUUGGGUUCAAUGCGACCGCAUUGCUACGCCUGGCGCACAUCCGACUCCACGCCAACUUAGGGCCAUGUCGUGACCUCAUCUCCGGUAAUUCUGCUCGCAUUCAGCAAAUCUUCACCAGCACUGAUGCAAUCUGUGUUGCUCGCUCUACAUCAUUGGACCGGGCAGUCUUACAGUGCAUCCACGCUCUCAGUAUCCCGGUCCGUGUGGGAAUUCCAUAUUUGUCACGUACCCAAGCACUGCAUUGGAGCAUUCAACACUCGCUCUGCAGUCUCGAGUGUGCCUUUCUCUUGAGUAGGUGGCUGCAGGAAAUCGCUAGAGCUGUUAGUGAUGGAGGCAUGGCAUCACUCCGUGAAGACGAGCAGAAGUUGCUUGCUAUGGUGACAAGCCUGAUUCAAGAGACACAUCUCCAAGAGACUCUAAAAUAUCGGGAAGAUCUGCCCGCUCGUAUCAACCGUCUCGCGGCUUCCACCACUCGGCUAUGGGCAGAGGUAUCGAGCGCUAGCCAUGCUUUCGAGAUUGUACAUCGUAUUGGUGCCUCCUUGUCGAUUGUUGCUGACAUUCUGGAAAACCGAUUACCCCCAUCGCUGUUACCGAGCGUCCUCAUUUAA